GAGAAGGUGGAUAAAGUAGCCCAUCUUCUUCUAACAUUACCUGCCGAACAGCAUCAACAUGGCAGAGAAUAAUGAGUCAUCGCGUCAGGGAGAGGCAGAGCCGCUAUCGCCACCGGAUGCACCGGAGCCACUGCCAAUAUUCCUAAAUCAAUCGCGCAUUAGCCAAACGCUUGGUUGGCUGGAGGAAAUCACUGAGAAUUCAAACGAUUCAGUAUUGGCACACGUAGAUGGUAAAUUGACCACGAUGCAGAAGGAGUUGCUAUUUACUCCUCAGCAGCAGCAGCCGGAAAGCACAAUUGUAUACGCGCUGACUGGAAGCGAAGAAAACAUUAAAAAUAUGCUGCAUGCGGCAGAAAUGUAUGGAGUUCCGGGUAGGGGACUGCCAUUUCGUCCUUUUGUGCAGCUCCUUCAGGUACUCAUCUUUCCAACGUACACAAAAUUGUUGGUGAAGAGCCUUCAGUCGCUGCCAUCGAUUGAGGAUGGAGGUGGCCAGUUGGUUAAUUGGUGGUUCCAACACCGAAAUAAGAGGGCCACCUAUGAGGAAAUGGCCAGGAGUGAGCGCUAG